AUGAUCGUUCAGGGCGGAAAGGCCCGCGGAGGUGAAGCGGACGCCGUCCUUGGCGGUGCUCAGCACCGUCAGGGCCGCGCUCGCGCGGAGCUGCCGAUCCGCCGUCCGCGGGACGCGAAAGACGUAGAGGUGGGUGUGGUGGAACUCGCACUUCAGCUGGCGCUCAUUCCACCCGUGGCCGCGCAGAACCCGCGCGUACUCGGCGUCGAUCUCGGCCUGAAUCCCGCGAAGUUGGCGGUGGAGCUCGCGGAGGUCGUCGUCGAACUCGGCCCGCAUGCGAACCGCCGCGGGGUCGGCGAAGUCGACGGUGGCGUGGAUCAAAAGCCGCAGGUUUUCCAUGUGGGCGUGGAUGUCCUCGAGGGGGGCGAUGAACUCGUCCGCCAGCAGCUUCGCGCUCUGGCCGUGGUAGGUUUUGAGGAUUCGGAUCGCCUCCGGGAUGAGGUCGACAAAGGCCAGGAAGCUCGGGGUGUCCUUGAGCGCGAGGCGGCGGCGCUGGAGCUUGCGAUUCAGCCGAUCCAUGUCCCCACACCGCUUGAGGACUUGGUGGACCAGCAUAUCGCGUAG